ACUGCCCAGUCCCCAAACAGCUCCCCACCCUCGUAGCCCGGCUCGCCGCCGCUUGCCAUGCCGCCGCCGGUCCCCGCCGCAGGCGGAUCCGCCGCGCGCGCCGCCGCCGUCCGCCUCCUCUGCACCGCCACGUCCCCUCCCGAUACAGCCUCCCUGCCCCACCUCCUCGCGCUCCCGCCAGUCGCCCCGUCCCCCGCCGCCGACGAGCUCGCGCGCCUCCUCCUCGCGCACCACAACCCCUUCCACCCGGCCGAGUCGCCGCUCCAGCUUAUCUCCGGCGGCGGCGUCGCUCUCUCGGGGGACCUCCUCGUCCAGCUCCUCCUCCGCCUCCGCGGCGCGUCCAAGCUCGCGCUCUCGCUCCUCCACGCCGCGCGCCUCCACCCGUCCAUGGCCCCCGCGCGGGCCCCCGCCGACGCCUACGACGCCGUCGUGGAUGCGCUCGGCCGCGCGCGCCAGUUCGACGCCGCGUGGCGGGUCGUCGUGGACGCCUCGGCCGACGGCGCCGCCUCGCCACGCACGUUCGCGGUGCUGGCGAGGAGGUACGUUGCCGCGGGUAUGACGCGGCAGGCCAUUCGAACCUUCGACGACAUGGAGGCGUUCGUCGGGAGGGAGCCCGACGCCGGCGAGUUCGCCACGCUGCUUGACACACUCUGCAAGUACAAGUACCCCAAGGUUGCUACAGAGAUAUUUAAUAAAAGAAAAUACAAGUAUGGGCCAAAUGAAAAGAUGUACACUAUUUUAAUUUAUGGAUGGUGCAAGGUAAAUCGGAGUGACAUGGCUCAGAAAUUCGUAAAAGACAUGAUUGAUCAUGGAAUAGAACCAAACAUAGUCACAUACAACAUUCUCCUGAAUAGUAUAUAUGACCGGUAAUCCAGUCACCCUGAUAACCGAUUUGAUAGAACAGUUCAUGCAGCUGAGAAUCUCUUGAAGGAGAUGCGUGACAAGCGAAUUGAACCAGACGUGACCAGCUACUCAAUCAUCUUGCAUGUUUACAGUCGUGCACAUAAACCUGAGUUGUGUCUCUGUAUGUUCCGCUUGAUGAAAGAGAGAGGCAUUUGCCCCACAGUGGCAACCUACACUUCUGUGAUCAAGUGCCUUGCCUCCUGUGGGAGAUUGGAAGAUGCGGAGACCUUGCUUGAUGAGAUGGUUGCAGAGGGAGUAUGUCCCUCCCCAGCCACCUACAAUUGUUUCUUCAAGGAGUACCGGGGGAGAAAAGAUGUGAGUGGCGCCCUACAACUGUACGAUAAGAUGAAGGCACCUAGCUCACCGACAGCACCUGAUAUUCACACAUAUAACAUACUGCUAGGAAUGUUCAUCAAGUUGGACCGACAUGGAACUGUUAUGGAAAUUUGGAGCAAUAUGUGCGAGAGCACAGUGGGUCCUGAUCUUGAUUCAUACACACUGCUGAUUCAUGGUUUUUGUGACAGUCAGAAAUGGAGGGAGGCAUGCCAGUUCUUCAUGGAAAUGAUAGAGAAAGGUUUUCUUCCCCAAAAGAUUACCUUUGAGACACUGUAUCGUGGACUGAUACAGGCAGACAUGCUGAGGACCUGGAGAAGGCUGAAGCGCAGGGUUGAUGAAGAAGCAGCAAAGUUUGGUGAUGAGUUCAAACUGUAUCACAUGAAACCUUACAAGAGGUGAACCUGUGCAAAAGCUGUAUGCUGGCCUUGUGAGUCCAACAUGACUGGAACACAACAAGAAGAUUUACCUCAUCGAAACUGCCACUCAAAAAUGCAAUUGCUUACCAAAGAUGAGAUGCCACUUUGUGGGGAAGGGAACUGGUGAGAAGGAUGAUCAGAGUGCCACUGUAACAAUUACUCUGCUUACUGUGAACAACCAGUUGAGCAUGGGCAUGGUAGAACAGCUUAACAAAUGACAGUUCUUCAUUAUUGUGUUUGGACUUUGGAAAAACCUGAAGUCUUUUGCAGGAAUAAGUUUGCUUGGGAGGCUAGAUUUUACUGAACAGGUGAAGAUUAUUCUGCAGUGCUGUUAGGAAUGCAAUCCCACAAUUAAAAGUUUCCCUUCCAAUUGUACAACAUAACUUUGGUGUUUCCACUUUGGCCUAUGUUGCUGGCAUGACAUGAAGCUUUGUAAAGGCAAUGCAGGAUCAAACAUGUCCAAACUUCAAUGUUGCAUUUUCUAAUACGUAGGCCUUUGAUUGUGAUACCUGUUUUAUUGGAGAAUCGAGGAAGGCACUAGAAUUCGUUUAUGGGAGGAUUCAUGUGCUUUUCAGUCAGGCAUUUGCCCGUUCAUUCCCUCACGCAUUUGUGCAGUGGUACAGCAAAUUGAGACAGCUCUACCUUAA